GACCCGCCGCUGCGUCAAAAUCAUAGAAGAGAAGAGAACUUCUCAAAAUCACACAGAUUUGGUCGUUGGCUUUCUUCUUCAUUCUCUCUCUCUCGUCUGAAUUAACGGUCUUCAAUUUUGACCUUUAAGAAAUAUGUCGGCUCCGUCACCGUCACCGUCACCGUCUCUGACUAACAAUGGUCUUUUAGCCGCCGUCACGCCAACUACGAACCUCCGUGGUCGCAACAAACCCAAGUGUAUCCAAUGCGGCAACGUCGCUCGCUCCAGAUGCCCCUUUCAAUCUUGUAAGGGUUGCUGUUCGAGAGCAGAGAACCCCUGCCCUAUUCACGUUCUUAAAGGAGUUGCAACUUCUGCUGAGAAAACAGCACCAAUUACUCCAUCGUCAGACCACAAAGCAUCCGAGGGCAUUCCUGGGAGUACAACUAGAUUUUCAUCAAUCCGCCAUCUUUCUAGCAACUUUGCUCAGUUUAAUAACCUCAAUGCUACUGCUCGCCAGAGAAAGCCUUUGACGAUUAAGGAUGCUCAAGCGUUAAACGAGUGGCGGUUUACAAAGCUUAAAGAGUACAGAGACAGACAAAUUGAAGUGGAGGAUGAAGCUUUUGAUCGGUACAUGAGUAAUGUGAGUCUACUUGAAGAAGCCUUUUCAUUGGCAUUUGUUCCUGGAGAAGCAGCAGCUUCUGAGCAACACAAGGAGAAAAGAACUGUUUCGGAGCUUAAACUGAGGCUCAGAUCAAACUCCGCAAGAACAGAGACCUUCAAAAAGCGGAUCAAAGAGACUGUCAAAGCCGGUUUGGAGAAGGUUCAGAAACGGGGUGGUAAAUCAGAUGAUCAAGAUGAAGUAAAAAGACGGAUCAAAAGACGUAAAUGGGAGGAGAAGAUUUCAGCUUUGAAUGAAAUAAUCGACAAGCUGAACAAAGCAAGAACCGAAGAGGAUCUCAAAUCUUGCACAGAGUUGAAAUCAAAGCACUAUGGUCAAGUUUCUUCCAGUUCUACAUCCGAACACAACAAGAUUUUCCCUGCUUAUGUCCGAAAAGUUGAGGUCUGUGAAGAUGCAUUUCUUCAAGAAACUGGCGAGCAACUACAAUCUUUUGACCAAGUUAUAACUUUGUGAACAGUCUGGAGCAAACUACAAACAUGUCGAUGAAUUGAAUGUACUGGUGGAGAGGAAAACUUCAUUGGCUAUAUAUAGGUUUUUAAAUGAGCAAAGAUCCUUCAAAGCCAGUCCUCAAGAUUGUUGGCUAAAGUAAUGUUUAGCUAUUGAAUCGAGAAAGCUUUGUUGAUUCCUAGAUUAGAAAUUGGACAAUUUUUCCGAAUAGCAAUUUUUAAGUUUUUGUCA